UUUAUUUUUCAGGGGCAGUGGUCUCAGUGAAUGCGGACCCGAAUUAUGGCGACGCCCGUUUAGUCGACGGAGGUGCUCCCAGUCAAGGAAGGGUGGAGAUCUACAUCAAUGGCUCUUGGUGGACCGUCUGCCACUCAUGGUUCAGUUAUCAACAAGGUCAAGUAUUGUGUAAUCAGCUUGGUCUUCCUAAACUUUCCCAAGUGUAUUAUGGAGCUGCUUUUGGUGAGGGCAAUGGGUCUAUUUUAACCCAGGAAUACUACUGUCAAGGAAACGAGACGUCACUCCUCAACUGCUCUAAGACUGGUUACAAUCCUUACUGCAGUCACUAUCAAGAUGUAGGGAUUGCUUGCGGGCCGUUUGUAAAGGCAGUAUGCGGUGGUCUUGUGAAGGAACCACUGGAAGAACUCUCCUUCCAAAGGGGUGACAGCAUAACUGAGAGCGAGUGUCAGUGGAACAUUGGAGACGUCUAUGAACCAAAUGGUGAUCACGUGAUUCUUGCUAUUGAUCCCGUUUAUUAUUGUAGUUUUAGUAUAUACGUUAAGGAUGGCUAUGGUAAGAGGCUUUUGGACAGAUACUGUGGCCCAGAUGAAGGGGCGUUUCUCAGUAUUUCAACCCUGAAUGCUUCUGUCGAAGUUAGAGCGAUGGACAAGUAUAAUACCUUUACUGCCCGAUAUGCCAUCCUUAACGGCAGUAUUGACAAAGCACCACAGGUGGAUGGAUGGAAUGUCACCGUCCUAAAUGUUUCACAAUCGAGUAUUACCUUUCAAUGGCCAAAUCUGACCGAUGUUCUUGGAAACCAGGUGCGGGCUUAUGUUGCAAUAGUGGAAACUACUGAUGGUAAAGAGAUAGCAGGGGACAUUGUUUUUCCAAACGUCACGUCCAUAACGAUAGGCGGACUUGAAGGUGGCACUGAGUAUCGUCUCUUCGCUGUUGUCGUGGAUGUACUAGGACAACCACACAGGAGUUCAGAAGCAUUGCUUUUUACCGAGGAAGGUGUACCCAGUAGACGUCCUUACCUGUCUGUUAACAACAAAUAUCUUGGAGUCGACAGCAUCAACAUCUCAAUAUAUCCAGUUUCCCAAGAAUAUCACAAUGGCAAACUUCUUGGCUAUAACAUUUUGUACGAAACUUCUUGCUAUGCAAUCCCAAAAUUAUCCGGUCAAGUCAACGUCAGUGCAUCGACCAGAAGUUACAUCUUAACUGGGCUCCUGCCAGGAACAAAGUACAACGUAAGGGUCGCUGGGUUUACCUCUAAAGGAGUUGGACCAUAUGACUGGGAACGUGUGUUCACAACUUGUGAACCACAACGUACGUUGACUGCGAGAAACGGUACACUGUACAGCCCUAAUUACCCGUGUUCCUUUCACGGAUUGCAUUACUGCCGCUGGACAAUUGAGCCGCAACUUGGCGGAAGCGCUGUCAAAGCGAUAUGGAUAGAUUUUAAUUCCUUUGAUAUAAAUGGCAAUGGCCCUUAUUGCAGAUCAAACAAUUGGCUUCGCGUGGCGACUGGAGAAGACGCCCAGCACAAUAAUGACACCUUAUUAUGCGGUUAUUACCGAGAACCUUUUUCUCUUGUUGUUCACGGCGACCAGUCAGAGUUAGCACUUCAAUAUACGAACACCUACAGCUAUUCAAAUGGCUUUUCAGUCUCGUAUCUUGGACUUGACGAGCCCUUGAUAGAUACUGAAUUAUCAUCAUGGCGUGUAUCAGUUUACAACAGUACGUCAUCGUCAGUGUCCGUGGAGUGGACAGAUUUUCCUCUCAAUGCAUCCAUAACUCACUUUAUGGUUAUGUUCACCGAGGAAAACACAAAUUUAUCUGUUCUGUUCAAAGUCAGGUCUUUGUACGAUCGACACUAUUUUGUAUACAGGCUUUUAAAGCCACACCGAAUGUACAAAUUCCAGCUACUUGCGUUCACAGGAGGCGUCGAAAAUGUCACUUACUCCACGGAAAUCAAAAAUAUCACGACUGGUGAAGGAGUUCCCAGUGGGCCACCUACAAAUGUGCGCGUGAAGAACCUCCAACCGAAUGAGCUUCUGGUUCUUUGGGAUGCGGUCAAGCCACAGUAUACGAAUGGCCAGAUACGAGGUUACACAGUCUACUACAGAGACUACAAGGAUUACUAUUACAAUUACUACUAUGGAGAUAAGGCAGAAAACGUUACCAUUGAGGACCCAAACGUGUUCCAAAUGGUGCUGCGUGGUUUGAAUGGAGGAAGCAAGUAUCAAAUAGCGGUUGCUGCUUUCACUUCAGUGGGUGAGGGACCUCGGUCGCCAUGGAUCUCAUUCGUAGUCGGUUGUGGUGGUAAUUUUAACCAGUCCUUUGAAACAAUCCACCUUAACAAAUCAGACUACAGUGAGCUACAAUGUAACUGGACGAUCGGAAGUGUUGGCAUCACUAAUGCAGUGUUCCUUCUUUCAAUAAAAGAACUCCGUUUCAAUUACUGUGGGAGGGAAUUUCUUAAGGUUUUUUCAAGUAGCGGUACUGAGAUCUUCACUCGUGAACGAUGCUACGAAGAUCAUCGGGGCGUGGUAGAAUUGCAGUUUGGAGAAGGAAACUUCGUUACUCUACACACCCAACUGUACAGCCGUUACAGCCGUUUGAGGCUUAAAUUUGUUGUAGUAAGAAGAAACCUUCAUUCAGCUCUUUCGCCUUCAACUGCAUGGAAUAUACAUGGUUACAACACCAGCCAAAAGAGUUUAUUUGUUGACUGGAGCAACGUACCAGGAGACUUACAAGCUGAUUUCUUUAUUUUGUCCUUAAAUCAAACAAGGCCGCAGUUAUCUUACAAAGAUGAAAGAACAAGUUCGUUUCUUCGUAUAGUAGACUCCUCGAACACAUCAAUCAAUGUGCCAGACCUCCCGGUAUUCAGUCAGUACAUAGUCCUUGUUUACCUGGUUGAUGUCAAUGGGGACGUCUAUAAAAGUGAUACCAUAGUUGUCCAAACAGAUGAAGGUGUACCUAGAUCAGGACCUUAUUUGUACAACUGGAAUAUAAACGUUCGUGAUCACAGCAUCAGCUUUACCCGGGAAGAUAUUCGUCCUGAAGACGCUCAAGGAAGAAUACUGGGCUAUAAUAUCACAUACUUUUCUCUUAAUGAACCGAAUAUCAGUAACAACACGAUGAAGACGGAUACAAACACAAGAACAAUUACGUUAAACAACCUGAAGGAAGGAUCGACAUACUUCAUUGCUGUCGCGGGUUUUACCAGAAAAGGAAUUGGGAAAUAUAGAUACGCUGCAGUAACACUGUGUGGUAGCUACCUAACAGAGGAUAGCGGCAACUUCUCCAGCGCUAAGAAUGUCAUCUUCGAUGCUUACUAUUUUGUAUCGUACCAAGAAACUCGCUGCCUGUGGAAGGUCAACCCUAAAUCCGACACAUCGAUUAUAUGGUUGACGUUUGCUGAGUUUUCUCUCGGUCAACAAAACGAUGGCUAUUGCAGUGGAGGAGUUCGUAUUUCUAUCCCAGGAACAGCGGGUAAUGAUGAUGCUGAUUACUACGAUUAUGAUAAUAAUGAGCGGUUUCUUUUGGAUGUCUGCGGCCAAUUAACAAACGAGACGUUGCUGAUUGAAGGAACGGGCGUAAAACUUCGUGCAGAUGGUUUCAGAGACUAUAAGUAUGGUCCUAAAGUCAAUAACUCAACAGUCGUGGGACAUUACAAAGCCGAACAAAGAAAUAUCACCGACAUAACAGGAGAGACAUUAGACUCUUGGACUGGGAUUCAAGCCAAUGCCAGCAAUUCAUCUAUAGAUCUGUCAUGGACGCCGCCUCCGAGUAGUUUUCUCGGCGUUUCCUCAGUUCAAAAAUAUCUCAUACUAUACAGGCCUAUUUCUGCGCGAGGUUAUUACAGGGCGCUUUGGUUGCCUGCAGGCAAAACUCAGAUGAAGAUCUCAAGACUGGAACCUUUUACCAACUACAGCUUGAUUUUGGUCGCCAUUCUAACUGACGAAAGUCAACGUGGUAAUACUGGUCAAGUACUACAAACUGAGGAAGGAGUGCCAGCCAAAAGUCCUUACUUCAAUGAUUAUCGUGCCAUUGAUUACAACACGAUUUGGAUUAGGUGGGAAAGGCUGUCACCAGAGUAUGCUCGCGGCAUUUUGAGAGGAUAUCGAAUAUAUUACAUCUCUGCUUACAAGUACUACGACUACGGCAAGUCUGUCAGCAAUAUAACGGUCGGCCCUGACAUACUGGAGAUGACAAUUACUGGACUUCAGCCGAAUACCGAUUAUAGAGUAUGGGUAAAAGCGUUCACGUCUAAAGGAGAAGGAAGUGGCCAGAACACAGCGUAUAUCAGGACAAAAUGUGGAUCAGCAAUACGCAACAGUUCAGGGGCUAUUCAAAGUCCUGGGUUUCCGAAAAGAANCAUUGCCUAA